UUGCAUACCCUCCAACGACUGCAUCGAACCACGGCAUCUUCACGACUUCACGAUAGCUCUUCAUCCGUCAUUCAUCAGCAUGAUCAUGAUUAGUUGUUGCUAGUAUGGGUGUUCGGUCGGCUCCUGGGUAUUGCAUAGCGCGGUGUUUUCUCCGGUCUUCUCAUUCAUCGUUUCUUUCCAUAGGCACAUGGUUACAGUAAUCCCAUUAGUUUACAAUCUCGUUACCAUCUCACUUUCUCUUCUCCUCUCACAUCCGUGCCACCUCUUCCCUUGCUGGGAACGCCUCAUCGUGUUCUCACGCUCAGUCCGUCUGACUCUGCGCCGUGGUGGAUCUGGGCGUUCUGUGCAACCAGCCGGUCACGCGGUCCUGAAACGCGCCUCCGACGGCUUGGCCGCGGCCAAGCCGUCGGAUCGCGACCUCCCGCUACUUGCUCAUAAAACGGCGGUUCCUGAUCUGCUGCGCUCGUCUCCACUAUUGGGAUCCUUAAAGACGACUUGCAUCCUGGACCUGGACUUUGGAGGCUGCGAACACGCGAGCACCACGGCGGCACGGACCACCCAUCACUCAUCAAGAACAACUCCAUACGAUAUCAGGCAGCGAGCGAGCAAGACAGCACAACUAAACGCAGCAUCGACUGCUUCGGCGGACAAAAAUCCAAAUCCCGACUUUGGCCCGUGCUUCUUUCUCACCCCCAUCUGGCACCACUCGUCCCCUCCCUACUCUCACCUGCAAAAGCAAACGCAAACCAAGCCAAACCGCUCAAAAUGGGAAAAUCGGGGCUCCAAUCCCAGGAAAUCGUUCUCCUUCUCUUCACGCUCUUCGGCAUCCUCGUCGUGCUCUUCCUCCUGCUCAUCGCAAUCGUCUUCCAGACCUGGGCGCUGUGGAAAAUGGCAAAGACGGUGGUGGAGGCGAAUACGGAAUCCGACGGCGGGAGGCGAAAGAGCAGUGCAAGGGGGAGUGGAGCGGCGUGGCUUGGAGGAGGAACACUGGUGGACAGGGAGGAUGACGGCGGGGUGAAGGGCCGGUUUGAGUGAGUGAGUGAGUGAGUGAGUGGUGGGCGCGAUAGGGGCUUGGGAAGGGGAGAGCAAGAGGAACGAAGGCUUGAAAGCGUAGAAAGAGCCAGCGCUGGAAACAAUCUGACGAAUUCGAAUUCCUCGCUCGACUGCGGAAGCAACCGAACGUCCCGCCGAACGGAAGGGCGCAAUGGCGCUGAGCCGAUCG